CCUUCUGGCUGGUGGGUGUGAACACAAAUAGGUCAUAGCCCCCCUCCCUUCCUUCCUUUACAGCGUAGGCAGCAACAGCGGCAGAGACGGCAUGAAGUGGUGAGAGGGAGUAAUGCUCAGCAGCCUGGAGCAGCCUUUCAGAGAGAGCACACACAUCUGAAAACGCUGCCUCCCUUUCGUCCCCCUCCUCCCCCGCCGCUUGGACCAUUCUCCCCCGCACACACAGCCGAGCAGUGACAGAGCGUGAGAGGCCGCUAAAUGAGACGGGCGAGAGGGAGAUGCUGAAAACAGGACGGAGAUGGUACCCAGACAUGCGAAUCAAAGAGGGAGGGAGGACACGAGCAUCUGCAUGGAAAUGAGGAGAAGAGAGGAGAGCAGGAGAGCACGGCUGGCGCAUUUUUCACACAUGACGAAUACCAAACCUCUGCAGCUGGGAUUUACGCAUUAAGAGACUGAGCGUGGCAAAAGGACUAAGGAUUGCAGCCAACUGUCAGCUACAGCCCGCUUUUAUUUUUUUUUUAGCUGAAGAAAACCGCUAAAGACGGUACAAGAUCUAAUCAAGGGACAGUGCACCAAAGACAGUUUCAGAGACUGUUGCAUCGCGAAUACUGAUGGACACCCAGAGCACACGUGCGUUGCAGAGAGCUAGAACUGCACGGAAUACAGUUACCCGUCAAGAUUGAUGAGAAGCAUUAUUCUACAAGCAAGGGAGGAAAAAAAAAAACAACGCUGCAGAGGAAGCAAAGGAGGAAAUGAGCCACUGCUCCAUUGCACCAUGCGUAUCCGAUCCGGCCACGGAGGAGCAGUUCGGACAAUUCACUCACAGCCAAGAUGGAGACAAGACCGGCCUCAAAAUUGAAAUGGGUGAUUCCUGGACAUCAGCGAAGAUAUUCCAAACAUUGUAAACAAUAUAAAAAGAAAGGAGACAUCCCCCUUUUUAAUCAACUCUCCACUUUACUCUGAGGAAUGCUUCCAGGAGUCGAUGAAGAUCUUCCUCAAAGUUGGUAAAUGAAUGAAUUCCCAGAACCAUGCAGUGGCGGCGUCGACGUUGCUGCACUCACACAACUAAACUACUGUAUCUCCUUUCCCUGUUGGGUGUUCUCGUUUUUUUGGUCCAUCAAGUAUGGCUGCCUAAGCUCACUGGUACGUCGAUGAAGAGAGGCUUUCCAGUGGUGUUUAGAGCUGGGGGGCUCCAUGCAGCCAAAUGGAACUUAAGUUCUCAAAACUCGGUUUGGAGGUUCCUUCUUAUUCCAGAACUCCGUUUCAGAGCCGAUGCCAAUUUUAGCUCCCAUGAAAAGCUGGGCGUUUCUUUACCUGAAGGUAAGCCACAUUCGAAGGACCUGCUGAUUGAGCACAUGAGCCAAAGGAAAGAGGGGUCUGGUAACGCCACCCAAAACCCUGGGCCGUUCCUUUAUAUCAUCAACGAGCCGGAUAAAUGUGCAGACAACAGACCGGCUCCAUUUCUUGUGUUGCUGAUUGCAACCGAGGCUCGUCAGGUGGAGGCAAGGAACGCCAUCCGGCAGACUUGGGGGAAUACGAGUCUAGCUCCAGGUCUGUCUUUAAUACGACUUUUUCUUCUUGGGAAAACAGAUGGAGAACUAGGGCUUCUUCAGCAAAAGAUGCUACAAGCGGAGAGCCAGAGGCAUCGUGACAUCAUCCAACAGGACUUUUUGGAUUCCUAUAAAAAUCUUACUAUAAAGACACUGAUGGGGAUGAACUGGGUGGCAGUGCACUGCCAACGGGCAAGUUACGUCAUGAAAACAGACAGUGACAUGUUCGUCAACACAGAGUACCUUAUUUAUAAGCUGCUGAAGCCAGAACUGAAGGCCAAAACCAACUACUUCACAGGGAACAACAUGAGAGGCUUUGCACCCAACCGGAAUAAAAACAGCAAGUGGUACAUGUCCCCCGAGCUGUACCCGGAGGAAAAGUACCCCACUUUUUGCUCUGGAACUGGCUAUGUAUUCUCCGGAGACAUGGCCGGGAAAAUCUACCAGACUUCCUUGAGCACCCCCCACCUGCACCUGGAGGACGUAUACGUGGGAAUAUGCCUGGCCAAGCUCAGAAUCGAGCCCACGCCGCCGCCCAAUGGGUUCCUGUUCAACCACUGGCGCGUCUCUUACUCCAGCUGCAAGUACAGCCACCUGAUAACAUCACAUGGGUUCAGUCCCAAUGAAAUACUGAAAUACUGGCAUCAUCUUCAAGGCAGCAAACGCAACGCCUGCAUCAACAUGGUCAAAGGGAGAGCAGGCAGGGCACACUAGCAGGAUCCUUUUACUGUUCAUUGAAAUUCAUCUGUUUAAUGCGACAAAGAAAUCACAGUAAUUCUCUAUACACUUUUUAUUAAAAACAACAAUUCUGUUUCAAACUCAAAACAGUCUAUGACUUUUUUUUUUUUUGAAUAAAGUUAAGCCUGGAGUAUUUUUUUUUUCUUUUGUAAUGGAAGUCGUGGCUAAAGCAAAUGUUCAAAAUUCAAUUUUGGGGAAGAAGAUCAUAAGUUUAGUAAAUGUGGGAACAAAAAAAGUUGAUCCUUUUAAAUAAAAAGAAAAUACUAUUUAAAAAAAAAAAAAAGAAAAAAAAAAUCAAAAAUCAACAUUGCAGUUAUUACAUAUGAAAUGUGUGAUCAUAAUCACACAUUUCACACAUUGGUUGCACCCAACCAGUGCAACAAACUUAUGCAAUAGCAAUUGUUGCAACAAUUUUAUUACACGGUCAAGCAGCAGCCAAUGGUUUCCCCUUAGCAUUUAGGGAAGGAAAAAAAACAGUACCAUAGUUUUUCACAGAUUUAGUGCCCUAACUAAUAUGUUAAAGUUAAAACUGUUGUGUUUUUGUGAGAAAUGUAGCCAUGCAGCUUUUUUUUUAUUUUUUUCCAUCUCCAUCAGCUAAAAAAUAUCCAUAUAACAAGAGAAUCGGGUGAAUGAUCACCAUGCUUCUUCUAGAGCUGAGCUAAUUAGCAUAAGGUGUUAACACGCAACAAUAUUCUGGAUAAAAUCAGCAAUUUACGUUUAUUUUGUUUUGUUUUGCAUAAGUUGACUGAACCAGUGUGUUUAUACAUGACCUUGUUAGUCUGGGUUUGAGCUCGUUUGGGGUAAGAUCAGAGAAAAGACCAGCAGAGAAACAGUCACUGGCUCGUUUAAUAAAUGUUCACAACUCUGA